UACUUUUUCUCUGUAUUCAUUCAGUUUCAAAUGGCCCGUACUAAGCAAACAGCUCGCAAAUCUACAGGUGGAAAGGCACCAAGGAAGCAGUUAGCUACCAAGGCUGCAAGAAAGUCAGCUCCAGCAACUGGAGGAGUGAAGAAGCCUCACCGUUUCCGCCCAGGAACUGUGGCUUUGAGGGAGAUCAGGAAGUAUCAGAAAUCUACGGAGUUGUUGAUUAGGAAGCUUCCAUUUCAAAGGCUGGUGAGGGAAAUUGCUCAGGAUUUCAAGACAGAUCUGAGGUUUCAGAGUAGUGCUGUUGCUGCUUUACAAGAGGCUGCUGAGGCUUACCUUGUUGGUCUCUUUGAAGAUACUAAUCUCUGUGCAAUUCAUGCUAAGAGGGUCACGAUCAUGCCUAAGGAUAUUCAGCUUGCUAGGAGGAUUCGCGGAGAAAGGGCUUAA